AUGGAGAGCAAGCCAGCAGUGAAUGGCCAUGCUGCCCCCAUCUCUCGCCAGGAAGACAUGCCAGGAGCAAACCACUUGUGCCAGGACAUAUUGCCUUGCAAACAGAAAAAAGCAGCUGAUGGGGAUGUGACAGUGACAGAUGCUUCUAGUGAGCCCUCAGAAGCAGCUGGAAGCAUUGCUGGAGUGUAUGUAGAGGCUUCGAAGAAGAUAAUGAGCUUUUAUGAUGCCACCAGAGAGCAUCUUCUGAGUUUGGAUUCGGCACUCUGUCUUCUCGAGGCCCAGGCAGCCAUGGGCUUCAUCACUGACCCAGUGAAGAAUAGGCAUGUCUCUGUAGCAGAAGCCGUGCAGCUGGGGCUGGUGGGGCUGGAGCUGAAGGAGAGGCUGCUUUCUGCAGAGAAAGCUGCUACUGGCUUUGUGGACCCCUACACAGAAGAGAAAAUCUCCCUCUACCAGGCGAUCCAGAAGGACCUGAUCGGGAGGGAGCAAGGUACUCGGCUGCUAGAGGCCCAGAUUGCAACCGGAGGCAUCAUUGACCCAGCCAUUGGCUGCCGGCUCCCAGCAGAUGUUGCCUGUGAGAGGGGAUAUUUAGAUGAAGAGAUGAGACAGCUCCUCUCUGACCCCAGCAAUGAGGACAGCAAAGGGUUCCUCAACCCCAGUACUAUGGAGAGGGUCACUUAUAUGGAGCUUAUAAACAGGUGUGUUGUUGAUCCAGCCUCAGGCUUCCUCCUCUUGCCCCUGCAAAUCACAUUCCCAGGGCUGGGAGGGAGGGUGAGCAGCAGGGAUCUGCUGGACUCUGGCAUCAUCAGCCCUAACAUGUUCAGAGAUCUUGAGGAGGGAAGAAUUUCUGCCCAGGAGGUAGCAGAGAACGACUCCAUUCAGCAGUUCCUGCAUGGGACAAGGAGUGUGGCUGGUGUUGUCCUGCCUUCCAGUGAGCGGAAAAGCCUUUAUCAGGCACUGAGAGAGCAUCUCCUCGUGCCUGGUGCUGCUCUGAUGCUCCUGCAAGUCCAAGCCUCCACCGGCAGCCUGACAGACCCCAUAAAGAACAAAAAUUACUCAGUUGAUGAGGCUGUCAGGGUCGGUCUCAUUGGCCCAGAGCUUCAUGAGAAACUGUCUUCAGCUGAGAGGACCAUCACUGGAUACAGGGACCCCUACACUGGAGAAAUGCUGUCUCUGUUCCAAGCCAUCAGGAAGGGCUUUAUCCCCAAGGAUCAUGGCAUUUGCCUUCUGGAGGCUCAGAUGGCCACAGGGGGUAUAAUUGCUCCAGGUAGGCACCUCCGUGUCCCCACAGAGACAGCUUGCAAGUGGGGGUACCUGGAUGAGGCCACAAGACAGCUCCUCUCCAGUGCUACUGAUGACAUGAAAGGGUUCUUCGACCCCAACUCCAAGGAGAAGCUGAUCUACGCAGACCUGCUCAAGCGCUGUGUCACUGAUCCCAACACGGGGCUCCUUCUGCUGCCACUUAGUGGAGACAACAGAGAAGGAGCCAAGGGAACCCACCUCUUCUUUGACCAUAGGACCCAAACAGCUCUGGAAAACACACAGGUACCCAUUGCUUUAGGUAAAUUCAAGGGAAAGUCGGUAUCUCUCUGGAAACUCCUUUUUUCAGACUAUAUCCAGGGUGAGCAAAGAGCUGCUCUCAGCCAGCAGUACCUUGCAGGAACGCUCUCUAUGCAAGAAUUGGGUAAGGCAGUCAGUGCCACCAUUGAGGAAAUGGCUUCCACUGCUAAUGCCACCUUUGAAGGACUGAGGGACCGUGUAACAGCUGACCAGCUCCUGAGCUCUGAAAUCAUCAACAAAGAUUUGUUUAAGAAACUGAAGGAGGGAGAAACAUCAGCCAAAGAAGUUGUCAGCAUGGACACUGUCAAGAAGUACCUGCAAGGGACAGGUAGCAUUGGUGGGCUCCUGCUUCCUGACUCCCAGGAGAAGAUCAGCAUCUACCAGGCAAAGCGGAAAGGACUUUUAAGGCCAGGAACGUCACUGAUCCUCCUGGAGGCACAGGCUGCUACAGGAUUUAUCAUUGACCCAGCUGCCAACAAAAGGUAUUCUGUGGAUGAGGCGUUAAGAGCAAACAUCAUUGGCCCAGAUGUUUAUGACAAGCUACUGAGUGCAGAGAAAUCAGUCACUGGCUACAGAGAUCCUCACUCAGGGAACAAGAUCUCCCUCUUCCAGGCCAUGAAGAAGGAGCUCAUCGUCAAGGAGCACGGCAUCCGCCUCCUCGAGGCCCAGAUCGCCACCGGCGGCAUCAUCGACCCCGUGCACAGCCACCGCAUCCCCGUGGAGGUGGCCUACCAGCGCGGCUACUUUGACAAGAAGAUGAACUUGAUCCUUUCUGAUCCCAGUGAUGACACCAAGGGCUUCUUCGACCCCAACACACAUGAGAACCUCACCUACAUGCAGCUGAAGGAGAAGUGCAUCACAGAGUCAUCCACCGGGCUCUGCCUCCUUCCUCUGAACAGCAGGAAGCGCCAGUUCAUUGAUGACACCACCAGACGGGUGUUCAGGAGCUCCUGGCUGCUGGUCAGGUUUGGGCGGUUACGGGGGGAGAAGGUCUCUGUGUGGGAUCUGCUAAACUCCGAGUACUUCAGCGAGGGGAGGCGCCGAGAGAUAUUCAACCAUUAUCAGCUGAGAAAGCUCACCUUGGAGCAAAUUCAAAUCAUGUUAGAGGAGGAAAUGAAAAAAUGGGCCCCCAUCAAGUUCCCAGCCAUGAGAGGCAGUGUCAGCGCUUACCACCUGAUGGAAACAGGUGUCAUUGACAAGGCCUUGUUUGAGAAGGUGUUGGAGGGAUCCGUCACACCAGAGGAAGUCCUGCACAUGGACUCUGUCAGAAAGUACCUCUAUGGCUCUGGCAGCAUCGGGGGGAUUGUGCUCCAGCCAUCAAACCAGAGGAUAAGCAUUUAUGAGGCCAUGAAGAAAAAUAUCAUGGUACCAGGAGUAGCCCUCCCACUGCUAGAGGCCCAGGCUGCCACAGGCUUCAUCAUUGACCCAGUGAACAACCAGAAACUCUGUGUGGAUGAUGCCAUCAAGGAGGGAGUCAUUGGGCCAGAAGUCCAUGAGAAGCUGCAGCAUGCAGAAGGGGCUGUAACAGGCUAUAAAGAUCCUUUCACAGGCAAGAAGAUACCCCUCUUCCAGGCGAUGAAGAAGGGCCUGAUUGCUGACAAACAGGCUAUGCAGUUGAUGGAGGUGCAGAUGGCUACAGGAGGCAUCAUUGACCCAACAUGUGGCCACUAUAUCCCCAUAGAAUCUGCCCAGAAGCGAGGGUGCCUGGAUGAGGACACAGCCAAGGCCCUUUCUAAGCCCAGUGACAACAACAGAGCCUUCUGCAUCCCAGACAGCAAAGAGACGGUGACCUAUGCCGAGCUAAUCCAGUGCUGCCAGAAGGAUGAGAUCUCUGGCUUCCACUUGCUGCCUCUGCCACAGACAGCUGCUCAUGCCUACACCAACGAAGAAAUCCAACGGAUUUUUAAGGAAACUGUGCUGAAGUCUAUGACUGUUUGUGUCAACAUAGGGCGGUUCAAAGGACAGACAGUGUCAGUCUGGGACCUUCUCAACUCUGAAUACCUCUCAGACAGCAAGAGAAGAGAGCUAGUGCAAAAGUACAAAGAUGAGAAUACUGAAGUGCUACAUGAAAUCAUAACAAUUGUCACCACAGUCAUCAAAGAGACUGAGACACAAGGCAAGAAGUUUGCAUUCAAGGGCCUGCGGAAAAGAGUAUCUGCCAGUGACCUCUUCCAGUCUCAACUGAUAGACAAAAAAACCCUCGAUGAGCUCAACCAGGGGAAGAAAACAGUCAAAGAAGUCACUGAAAUGGACUCUGUCCGCAGGUACCUGGAGGGCAGCAAUUUCAUAGCGGGGGUCCUUAUACAGCCAAGCAAUGAGAAGAUGAGCAUCUACCAGGCCAUGUGGAAGGGCAUCCUGAGGCCAGGGACAGCACUGGUGCUGCUGGAGGCACAGGCUGCCACUGGUUAUAUCAUUGACCCAGAGAAAAACAAGAAGUUUUCAGUGGAGGAAGCAUUAACUGCAGGUCUAAUUGGAGGGGAGAUUUUUGACAAGCUACUCUGUGCAGAAAGAGCCGUGACAGGCUACACUGACCCCUACACAAAAGCCCCAAUGUCCCUAUUUGAAGCUAUGAACCAAGGACUGAUUGUGAAGAGCCACGGCAUCCGCCUGCUUGAGGCCCAGAUUGCCACCGGUGGCAUCAUCGACCCCGUGCACAGCCACCGCCUCCCCGUGGAGGUGGCCUACCAGCGCGGCUACUUCAACCAGGAGAUGAACCAGAUCCUCUCAGACCCCACCGACGACACCAAGGGCUUCUUCGACCCCAACACCCAUGAGAACCUCACCUAUAUGCAGCUCCUGGAGAGAUGUGUCCAAGAUUCAGAGACUGGGUUGUACAUGCUACAGGUUGUACAGGAAGGAGGAAAGUACUUCUACAUUGAUGAGUUUACAAAACAGGUUUUGCGCUCAAAGCCCCUUGAAGUGAAAUUUGGAAAGUUUAAGGACCAAACAGUUUCCAUCUGGGAAAUUCUCUGCUCUCAUUACAUCUCCGAGCAGAGAAGGAAAGAACUAGUGAUGCAGUACAAAUGCAAAACCCUCACAUUGGAAGAUCUUAUAGCACUCAUCCUCAAAAUAAUUGAGGAUACAGAACAAAAAGCAGAAGCUCUCAAGGUUAAAGGACUCCGUGGGGAUGUGUCAAUAUCAGAAUUGUUUAACUCUGAGAUAAUUGACAAGAAAACUCUAGAUCAGCUGCAGGAUGGGAGUCUCAGGCUUGCCAGCCUCACAAAGAGGGACACCAUCCAAAGGUACUUGGAUGGCACUGGAUGCAUUGCCGGGGUUCUACUCCCAUCAAGGAAAGAGAAGAUGAGCAUCUACCAGGCCCUGAAGAAGGGCCUCCUCACAGAGCAAUGUGCACUGGGGCUGUUGGAGGCACAGGCUGCCACUGGUUUUCUCAUUGACCCACUGAAAAAUAAGAAGCUCACCGUGGAUGAGGCUGUCUCGUCCGGGCUGGUGGGUAGCAACUUGCACAAGAAACUGCUAUCGGCAGAGAAAGCUGUGACAGGAUAUACAGAUCCUCAUGGAGGUAAUAAAAUAUCCCUUUUCCAGGCCAUAAGGCAAAAGAUAACAAUCAAGGAGCACGGCAUCCGCCUCCUUGAGGCACAGCUCGCCACUGGCGGCAUCAUUGACCCCGUGCACAGCCACCGCCUCCCUCUGGAGGUGGCCUACCGGCGUGGCUACUUGGAUGAUGAUAUGUUUCUCCUACUUUCUGAUCCAGAUCAUGGUAGCAAAGGUUUUAUAGAUCCAAACACUCAUGAGAAAAUCAGUUACAGUCAGCUCCUACAGAGAUGUUCCAAAGACAGAGAUACUGGAUUAUACCUGCUAGAAAAGGACAGAAGUGAUGUCUGGUUCCAAGGACUCAGACAAAAAAUAACAGCAGCAGAACUUCUCAGUGCACAGAUAAUUACAGAAGAAACAAUGGAAAAACUCCAUGAAGGAAAAGAGACAGCACAAGAAAUAGAACAAAUGGAUAGUGUGAGAAGAUACCUUGAGGGAACUGGAAGCAUUGCUGGGGUGCUGGUGCCCUCCAAGGCCGACCCCGCCAAGAUGGAGAAGAUGAGCAUCUACCAGGCCAUGUGGAAGGGCAUCCUAAGACCAGGGACAGCACUGGUGCUGCUGGAGGCGCAGGCUGCCACCGGCUUCGUCGUUGACCCGCUCGCCAACAAGAAGCUCUCCGUGGACGAGGCCGUCUCGUCCGGGCUGGUGGGCAGCGAGCUACAAAAAAAACUUCUUUGUGCAGAGAGAGCAAGGGCCGUGACGGGCUACACCGACCCCUACACCGGCGACCAGAUCUCCCUCUUCCAGGCCAUGAAGAAGGAGCUCAUCGUCAAGGAGCACGGCAUCCGCCUCCUCGAGGCCCAGAUCGCCACCGGCGGCAUCAUCGACCCCGUGCACAGCCACCGCCUCCCCGUGGAGGUGGCCUACCGCCGCGGCUACUUUGACCAGGAGAUGAGCCAGAUCCUCUCGGACCCCACCGACGACACCAAGGGCUUCUUCGACCCCAACACCCACGAGAACCUCACCUACAUGCAGCUCCUCCGCCGCUGCGUGCCCGAUUCAGAUACUGGUCUUUAUUUCCUUACUGUUUUUAGAACAUAA